AUGCGGGGACCAGCUUACCACCCACAAGCCAAUGGACAGGCCGAACUCUCAAAUCGCAUUAUCAAGACGAUUUUGCGAAAGACUGUUGGCCCUACAGGGAAGGACUGGAGUCUUAAGUUGGAAGAUGCCUUAUGGGCAUAUCGCACUGCAUACAAGACUCCAUUCGGGAUGUCACCAUAUCGGAUGGUGUAUGGCAAGAGGUGCCAUCUACCGGUGGAAUUGGAGCACAAGGCCUUCUGGGCAGUGAACAAAGUGAAUUAUGACUGGGAUAAGGCAGGGCAAGCAAGAAAGCUAGAAAUCCAAGAGCUCGAAGAAAUCAGAAGAGAGGCAUACGACAAUGUUGUCCUCUACAAGGAAAGAAUGAAGAAAAGCCACGAUGCCUUGAUCAUAAACAAGCAAUUCAGUUUUGGGCAAAAGGUUUUCCUGUACCAAACAAGGUUCAAAUUUGCACAAGGCAAACUGAGUACCAAAUGGACCGGCCCAUUUGAAGUGCAAACCCAAUUCCCAAAUGGGGCCGUCGAGAUCAAGAAUCCAAAGUCUGGAAGAGUGUUCAAGGUGAAUGGACAAAGGUUGAAGGCCUAG